GGCAAACACGGAAACGCGGAAUUAAUUCAGCUUCACCCAAUGAGGUUAUGGUUUCACCGCGCAAACGAAAACAUUCUUCAUUGACCAUUACAUUAUCUUUUUAAUACAAUAUAUAUAUAUUUAACUUGUAUAAAUCGUGUGUUAUUGAGCGUUAAACUUUACAAGGUCAUGUUUAGUAAAGCGUCAGGAUAUGGAUAUCAACCUCUCACGCAACGAGAUUCGAUCCCUGCCAAGCCUGGUUUGUUCGUGGCGACAGAGAGCUUUUUACAAUCUCCAUUCCACCACCAUAAAGGACAAGGACACUCGUUUGACUACAUCCCGAAGGUCAGUGAUAACGACUUCAGAGACUCCAGUCAGGGAUGUCUGUCCUGGAUCUGCAAUGUGAUGGUCACCUUCAUGGUUUAUAUCUGCACCUUUGUAACCUUCCCAUUAUCAGGCUGGUUCGUGCUCAAGGUUGUCCCUAACUAUCAGCGUAUAGUCGUCUUUCGUCUGGGCAGAGUUUGUCCUCCCAAAGGUCCAGGGGUGGUGUUGGUUCUGCCUCUUAUUGACCAGUGGCAGAGAGUGGACCUACGCACCCGGGCCUUCAACAUACCACCAUGCCAGGUCACGACCAGUGACGGAGGGGUGGUGUCUGUAGGAGCUGAUAUCCAGUUUCGUAUCUGGAGCCCGGUGAUGUCUGUGGUGUCGGUUCAGGAUCUUAACGCCUCCACCCGCCUCACCGCCCACAACGCCAUGACAACCACCCUGGGUGGGAAGCGGGUCCGGGAGAUCCAGACGGAAAGGGCCAAACUGGGGGAGGACCUCGGAAUGGAAAUCAAUGAGCUGACGAAGCCGUGGGGUCUGGAGGUGGACAGGGUGGAGUUGACGGUGGGUGCUAUCCUGAAGCCCCCGAAAGACUCCCCGCCUGGGCCUGGCUCCAUCAUUCUGCCCCCCUAUGUUCCAGGUCUGGAGGGUCUAGCUGAACCCAUACAACAGUUGGCCUUCCACUUCCUGGGCAACAUGAUGGGAGGUGGUGUUGGACCUCCCCUGGCUAGGACCGAGGACAGCAUCAUCUUCUCAGAUGAAAUGAGUGGUGCUCCCCAUACCCUUGGGACAGAACCUGGCCCUGCUCUGGUCUCUGUGACCGAGGAUGUAGCCGUGCCCAGUCGGCCUACCUCAGUGUUGGAGCUGCUGGAGGUGGUGAAGCUACUGCUGUCAGAGUCUCUGGUCAGUCAGGUGGGAGCCUGCUUCCUGUUUCUCCUCCAAUCAGCGGACGGACAACAGACCAGCUACUACGUAGACCUCAGUCAUGGUAGGGGUUCCGCUGGACCAGGGUCGCCCCCAGAGGGCCAGGUUCCAGACGUGACCCUGGCUAUGAGGGACGAGGACCUGGUGGCCAUGUUCCAAGGUGCCCUUCGACCCUACGCUGCCUACUCCACAGGUCGACUCACCAUCCAGGGAGACCUGCAGACGGCUAUGAAGCUGGAGGAACUCCUCAAACUACUCAGACCUUAAAAUGAGACAUUGACCCAAAUACCACUUAACCAGAGACAUUGACCCAAAUACCCCUUAACCAGAGACAUUGACCCAAAUACCCCUUAACCAGAGACAUUGACCCAAAUACACCUUAACCAGAGACAUUGACCCAAAUACACCUUAACCAGAGACAUUGACCCAAAUACACCUUAACCAGAGACAUUGACCCAAAUACACCUUAACCAGAGACAUUGACCCAAAUACCCCUUAACCAGAGACAUUGACCCAAAUACACCUUAACCAGAGACAUUGACCCAAAUACACCUUAACCAGAGACAUUGACCAAUAUACCCCUUAACCAGAGACAUUGACCAAUAUACCCCUUAACCAGAGACAUUGACCCAAAUACACCUUAACCAGAGACAUUGACCCAAAUACACCUCAACCAGAGACAUUGACCAAUAUACACCUUAACCAGAGACAUUGACCCAAAUACCCCUUAACCAGAGACAUUGACCAAUAUACCCCUUAACCAGAGACAUUGACCCAAAUACACCUUAACCAGAGACAUUGACCCAAAUACCCCUUAACCAGAGACAUUGACCCAAAUACCCCUUAACCAGAGACAUUGACCCAAAUACACCUUAACCAGAGACAUUGACCCAAAUACACCUUAACCAGAGACAUUGACCAAUAUACCCCUUAACCAGAGACAUUGACCCAAAUACCCCUUAACCAGAGACAUUGACCCAAAUACCCCUUAACCAGAGACAUUGACCCAAAUA